GCAUCCCCGCCGGCAUCCGAGCCGCGAAUUGGCGACGAUCACUUCCCUCGGAGGACCCCACUUCCCCAGACCGAGGGGGCCAUGGGGGCCGGAACGUGGUUGGACGAAAACCGGCAAAUGUGUCGACCUGUCUAAGAAAUCAGAAAUUCCAGGUAACGUUGUCUCUCGCCCAGCCCUCUCGCCCGGGGUUUGUCGAUGCGACCACCGGCCUGUUUCGUGUCCUCUUCCCAACGUCCGCCAGAAGCAGCUCCGUCACGCGCCGCGGCCUAAAUGACGUUCUGGCGCACCUGAGGUAGUGUGAGCCGCGAUUUGGGAUCCGCACUCUAAACUCGGCCAGAGGAAUGGACUGGGUGCAAGUACUCCCGAGUCAUCCGCUCGAGCCGGCGCUGCCGUCUGCGCGGGCCACGACGAAAACGACGACAGCGACGACAACGACGAUGGCAACGGACCAGGGAGCAGACAUGGACGGGUCGGUCAGCGCGGCGUGUUCGGCCGCCAGCGAGGCGGUCGCCAGGACGCUACUUGCUGUUAAUCGGUUUGUGCGAGAGGUGCGCGAGUCGCGAUCGGAAUUUGACGGCAUCACGACCGAGCUGCACUCGCUCGACGGCGUCCUCGACCUGCUCGGGUACGACGCCGCCUUCAUUCCCCCGUCGCUGGCCGAGCACACCCCGGCCGUGCUCGAGACCUGCCUCGCCCUCCUCAACGAGCUCGAGGGUUGCAUCUCGCUGCUGAACCGCCCGGACGUGCCGAGACCGGAAAAGAGGUCGCGCUGGCUGGCGAGCCGCAAGCAUGUCGACACCCUGCGAUGGACCCUGAGCGAGUACAAGCUGGUGCUCGGCCUGGCUGCGGACCUGGUUGGAGUGACGAAAUCACGGGCGACCGACGCGGCAGAUCGCGGCACGCCGGACGAUGAGCAGGCGCGAGGUGGUGAUGGGGCCGAAGAUAACGGGUUAGCGAUCGUCACGGCGCGGAUCACCGAGGUGGCGAACGAGCUGAAGGACGACCUGGAGCAGAGCGUGGCCAUGGCGAGACUCGGGCACUAUCUCGACAUGUUGCGGGCCGAGACGGGCGUCGAACCUCGGAGUCCCGUCCCGGCCCAGCGCGACGACCGCCGUCCGCAUCGCACCUCGUCCAUGGGCGGCCCCCCCGACAGCGCCAUCGACGUCAGUUACGACGACGUGCCCUUCCGGUCGGGGAAGCAGAGACGACCAACCCAGUCCACGAGCUUCUUGGCCGACCCUUGGGAAGAGGAGGAGGAAGACGGGGACGAGUUCGUCGGCGAGCUCAACGAAAUGCCGGCCCGAGUCCCACCGGUGCCACCGCGGUCCGCCUCGAGGAUGAGCUGCGCGAUGCCGAGCCGCCCGCCGGCGCAGCAUCGGCCGAGCACUGCCGAUACCUACUGCGACCCACGCCCUUCCCCGACACCGAGCUGGCCCAGCACUCCGCGGAUGUCGACGUCGACCUCGUCUUCUUCCGAUGUGUCGUACGGCACGAGCCAGGAGCCGUACUACACGCCCGUCACCGAGCUGCCCGAGCGGGCUGCUCCGAAUCCUCGCUUCCGCCCCGAGGCCAGGACGACCCAUAGCCGCCGGGGGAGCGCGUUAGGCCAGGUCCUGGAGUCCGUCUGGGAACAUCCCCAGCACGACGCCUCUCCCACGAGCGCUCCGGCAGGCGUUCCGGCAGGCGUUCUGGCAGGUGCGGGAAGCGAGACGCCCCCGUCCGGCCGCCAGUCCAGCCUCUUCCGCCGCCGCAGCUCCAAGCUCUCCACCACCUUCCGCAUGUUUGGCCGGAAGCGGUCAUCUUCUGCCAAGGGGGACGCCGCUACUGUGGGCGACGAGGCGGCGGCCCAAGUCCCAAACGCCGUAUUCGGCGUCCCCCUCGCCAACAGCAUCCAGGUGGCGAAGGGCGUCGCCGGAACCCGGCACGGGACGGGCGGGUCGUCGUCGCACGCGACGCGCGACUACCCGCUGUGCGUCCUGCGGUGCGUCUACCACAUCCGCGACUGCGGCCUGCACGUGCCGCACGUCUUCGGCGGCCUCGAGGACCAGGACAGGCUGGCCGAGCUCAAGGCUGUCUUCAGCUCGCCCGAGACGAGCUACGGCAAGGAGCUCGACUGGUCGCAGUUCACGGUCCACGAAGCGGCCGCCCUGAUCCUCGUGUUCCUGUCGGAGCUGCCGCGGCCGCUCAUCUCCGAGUCGGUCGCCAAGCGCUGGGUGUCGCUGUCCCGGCAGGCCGCCGUCGGCGGCGUCCGCCUGGACCAGGGGAUCGACUUCUGGGAGGAGGCCCUGCUGGGCGUCCAGGGCCACGCCCGCGCCCUGUUCAAGCUGCUGCUGAACCUGUGGGGAGACCUCGCCGACGCCGCGCCGGUCAACGAGAUGACGGCCGAGCGGCUCGCGGCCCGCGUCAUCCGUCCGCUCAUGCACACCAUCCCCGCCCGCCACCACACCGACUUCAUGCUCGGCCUGGCCUUUCUGAUCCGGAAGCGGUCCGAGUAUAACCUGGCAGCCAACGGCGUGGCACGAAAGAGCAAUGCUGCCUUUUGAGAUGUUUUUUUUUUUUUCUUGGAUAUUUAGUACAGGAAAGAAAAGGGAGGAGGUGGGGCGGGGGGUCGGAGGGAAAGCUAUGUUCUCCCCUGGUGACUCCCAGCUAUCCGCCGGCGUUGUUUCAUUUUGAGGCGUUUGCGGCCCAUUAUUUCUUCUUGUCUUGCUUUGAUACCCGAUAGGCGUCUGAGCUUUGUACGAUUGAUUAAUCAAAGUAGGUAUACCAUACUCCGUGACCCAUUGAUCGGAUUGUUUUUCCACGAGAAAGAGUCCCCAAGUCC